GCCACCUAACAAGUGCCAAACUUGAGGCCAACCUCUCCUCCCAUCUCAUUCUUUCCUACAUGGGCACUCUGAUGGGUUUGCAGACAGCUCAGUUUGCAGACUGAAGAGAGAACCAAGACGAACACUGGGAUCACGUAAGGAAAUCUACUCCGCAAAGAUCUCCAGAGAUUUCUCAUCCUCUAACAAACUUUAAAAAGCAAAAUAAGAAAGUUACAAUGGCGACACCCAAAAACACUCCACGAGGUGCAAACACACCACUUUCUCCCAACCGGAUCACCCGUCUCCAGGAAAAGGAGGACCUCUGCAACCUCAACGAUCGACUGGCCGUCUACAUCGACAAGGUCCGCUCUCUGGAGGUUGAGAACGCCGGGCUGCGUCUGCGCAUCACCGAGUCGGAGACAGAGGUCAGCCGGGAGCUGACGGGUCUGAAGGCCGCCUAUGAGACGGAGCUGGCAGAUGCCCGCCAGACACUGGACUCGGUGGCCAAAGAGCGAGCACGGCUGCAGCUGGAGCUGGGCAAGCUGCGAGAGGACCACAAGGAGCUGAAAGCCAGGAACACUAAAAAAGAGUCAGAACUGGGGGGAGCCUUGCAGAGGCUCAAAGACCUGGAGGCUCUGCUUAAUUCGAAGGAUGCUUCCUUGACUACGGCUCUUGGAGAAAAGCGUAACCUCGAGGUGGAAAACAGGGACCUGAAGGCGCAGGUUGCCAAGUUGGAUACCAGCUUGGCCGAUGCCAAGAAGCAGCUGCAGGAUGAGAUGCUGAGGAGGGUGGAUGGAGAGAAUCGCAUCCAGACUCUGAAAGAGGAGCUGGAAUUUCAGAAGAACCUCCACUCUGAGGAGCUGCGGGAGAUAAAGAGGCGUCAUGAGUCCCGCGUAGUUGAACUGGAUAAUGGCCACCAGCAGGAGUUUGAAUGCAAACUGGCCGAGGCACUGGCGGAUAUGCGCAACCAGCAUGAGCUGCAGAUUAAAAUGUACAAGGAUGAGAUCGAGAAGACCUACAACACCAAGCUGGAGAGUGCUCGUCAGUCAGCAGACAGGAGCAGCCACCUGGUUGGGGCAGCACACGAGGAGCUCCAGCAGAUCCGAGUACGCCUGGAGUCCACGUCGACUCAGCUCAGCCAGCUACAGAAGCAGCUGGCAGCUCGUGAGGCAAAGAUCAGGGACCUCGAGGAUGCUCUGUCGCGGGAGCGGGACAGCACGCGUCGCCUUCUGGGUGAGAAGGAUCGAGAGAUGGCAGAGAUGAGGCACCAGAUGCAGCAGCAGCUCGAUGAGUAUCAGGAACUCCUCGAUGUUAAGCUGGCCCUGGACAUGGAGAUAUGCGCCUACAGGAAGCUGCUGGAGGGAGAAGAGCAAAGACUGCGUCUUUCGCCCAGCCCUCCUCCUACCAGGGCGGCGGGAAGUCGAUCCUCUACUUCUGGAGCUCUCUCUCGAUCUAUCCACCACAGCGCUCAGAACUCCCCUGCUAAGAGACGUCGCCCUAACGACACCGACAGCGAGGCCUCCAGCUUCGCCGGUGGAGCCGUUUCCCGCACUCGCAUCACCCAGCAGGCCUCGGCCAGUGGACGUGUCACUGUGGACGAGGUGGAUCUGGAUGGGAAAUAUGUCAGACUCAGCAACAAAGCUGAUGAGGAUCAGAAUCUGGGGAACUGGCAGGUGAAGCGGCAGGUGGGAUCUGGCACUCCCAUCGCCUUCAAGUUCCCAGCUAAAUUCACCUUGAAGGCUGGUCAGAGGGUGACGAUCUGGGCCUCUAAUUCUCUCUUCCAGACUACUUUGAUCAGCACUAAUGGAGAGGAAAUGGCAAUGAGGAAGGUCACCCGCACUCAGCUUGAAGAAGAAGAUGAUGACAUGGACGGCGAGUACAACCUGCGGAGCCGGACGGUCGUGUGCGGCUCAUGCGGACUUCCUUCAGAUAAAUCCAGCAACUGCUCCGUGUCCUCUGCUUCCCGCUCCUUCCGCAGCGGAGGCAUCUCCGAGGGUUUACUGCCCCACUCCUACGUGUUCAGCACGAGCACACCUCGCAAGACUGGAGGCAGAAUGGAGAGCUGUCCAAUCAUGUGAAGCCCUGGGGCCACUACACUACAUUUUCUAUAGCUUCUUAGGUAUCAGUUGUUGAGUUAUCUGGUAUAGUUUUUAGUUCAGUUUAUGUACUUCCAAUUUAAUUUCAAGUUAUUGAAUGCCAGAAAAUUUUAUACUGCUUUUUAUAAUGUACAUAUGCAUGAAUAAGAAUAAUUUUCCAGAGCUUAAAGGUUAAUUGGGGUUAGCUUUUGGAUGGGACAUUUAAGGUUGGAAAAUGUAAACCAGUUACUUUAACAUUCAUUCGUUUUAAAAACUUAAUUCAAAUUAAUGUCAUUAUACUCUAUAGACACUCUGACACAGCGGGGUUGUGAUCAGUUUACAAUUUUACCAAAAUUGAAAACUUUUUUUUUCUCAUUAAAUCUUCUUACACAGUGAAGGUAAAAUGAACCCAACCUUGCUACAGAUCUACAGAAUAUUGUCGGGGUUUUUUUAUUAAAAUGAAUAAACGUGU